AAUAAGAAAAGAGAAGAAGAAGAAGGAGAAGGGGAAGGAGAGGCUCCAAUUUCUCCGCCCCAAACUUCUUUUUGUUUUGUUUAUCUUGGUUUUUCCUUUUUUAUAUAUAUUUGGAGGAUUAGUGAAGCUAGGCCUCUUCCUCCCGCGAAAAUCUCUCUCUCUCUCUCACCUCCAUUCUUUCUCUUCCUUCUGGUUUUCUCUCUCUCUGAGUGGAUUCUGGAAGCAGGAAGGAAGGAGGCAAGAAUGGAGAGAUUUUCUCUGUGAAAGAUCGGAUCUUGUUUCUUCAAUUUUCUCCCAUGUUUCCCCUUUUUCAUGGACAUUUAAUGCCAUCGAAUAACUGCCCAUUAUAGCUUCCUUACCCAUUUUCAAUAUUCCGAAACAGAGAGAGAGAGAGAGAGAGAGAGAGAGAGAAUGAGAGGAAUGCGGAUGUUGCAGCUCUGUGCUUCUUUAUAAGCUUCUCAUGUUUGUGGGUAUUAUCAAAGCUUCCGCCUUUGCACCUGCAGAUUCACAAUCCAAAGCCAAAGCCAAAGCCCAGAGGGUGAGGGAUCUUCUAUAAAAAAACACAAUGUCAUCUCUGGUAGCACGAACGGGACGACACCGACAGCGUUAUGAGAACAAUUUCCGCCUUGUUUCUGGGUGCAUUCCUUACAAGGACGAUGGGGAUCAGAGCAGUGAUCCAGAGGGCAGGAUCAAAGUUCUCAUGAUUUCUUCGCCAAAUCGUGAUGACCUUGUGUUUCCGAAGGGUGGAUGGGAGGAUGAUGAGACUGUUGAAGAAGCUGCACAUCGUGAAGCCUGGGAGGAAGCGGGAGUGAGAGGAGAACUUAGGAGAAAACCCCUGGGAGUUUGGGAGUUCAGAAGCAAGAGCAAAGAAAAAAUCUGCAGCACAGAAGGAAGAUGCAGGGGGUACAUGUUUGCAUUGAAGGUGAAGGAGGAGCAUGAGGCCUGGCCUGAGCAAGAAAACCACAAUAGGAAAUGGCUGAACAUAAAAGAUGCCUUCAAACUCUGCCGGUAUGAAUGGAUGCGUGAGGCUCUUAAUGAGUUUCUAAAAGUUAUGAGAGAGGACAGGUCCAUGCCAAUUUCAGCUGUUGCAGCAGAAUGUCAAAAUGCAUCUCCAAACUGUAGCGUGAGGUCUUCAAGUAACCAACAAAGCGAGUGGCUCAGACGUCCAAUGAAUUCAUGUAUGCCGCCUGGGCCUAACUUGGUAGCUGCAGGGGCAACACAGAGCUCAACACAACUGGAUCUCAAAGGUAGAGCUUGAAUCUGACUUGUACUUGCUUCUCCAGUUCCAGUUCCAGUACCAUUCCUGUAAUUUCGUGGUCUAAUUGGGUUAUAUUCCACUAAAAUGGAAACCUCCCCGGAAACAUUUGAUCAAAAUUUCAGCAAAUCACAUGUGCCUCAUGUUUCAUAUCCCGUUACAACACCGAGUUGGUGUGGGAUGUACUGUAUUCCUGGAAUGAUAAACAAUAAAUCUAGUUUAGAAAAAAAAAAAAUUGUCUGUAAA